CUAGACUGGUCAAGGAUGCAUCUACCAGACCCAGACCAAGACCAAGACCAAGAGAGCCCUUCUGAUACUCCUGAAUGGAUGAUCCUAUCCCACUUCUAGCUCGUUACUCGUGGUCUUGUAACCGUCAUUUCUGUCUCGGUCUCUGUCUCGGUCUGUGUCUUCCACCUCUCCAUCAAACCCUCUAAUUAUCUAGACACUUCUUUCGCACCACCCGUACACUUAUUCCCGUCAACCCUCCUGUCAACUGCCGCUGUCCUGGUUUACCCAUGCUAGUAGUAGCUUCUUUCAGGACCUUUAUAUUCUCUUGGCCUUAGGUUUUUUUUUAACUUCCACUCCACUGCGUCAGCGUUUUAAAGCUCUAUCAUCUCCCCUUCUUUCUGUGCCGACCCUUACUCCCGACGUGACCACGAUCCAAUUCGCCACUUUCAACAACAGUCCGCCGCUAUGGCUUCGGCACCUCCCCCUACCAUCACCGCGGACGAGGACGUGCCACAGAGCGAUGGGUCCAAGCUGAAAACAUUUCUUUCCAUCCUACGAAAGUUUAUGGGCGUAUCAGACCUUGCCUCCGUUCGGUUUUCCUUGCCCUCCCAGCUACUCGAACCCACGCCGAAUUUAGAAUAUUGGAACUAUCUCGACAACCCCAGCGCUUUCGCUGCGAUAGGCACAUCCGACGAGCCUCUCGACCGCAUGCUCGAGGUUCUGCGUUUUUGGUUCACAAAGGAUUUAAAAUAUGUUAAAGGAAAGCCCUGCAAGCCUUACAACUCUUGCCUCGGCGAGUUCUUUCGUUGCAAUUGGGAGGCAGAAGACAACGCGCCGCCUAUUAAUACUAAGAACUUAACCGUAAACGGCACGAAGAGCGGUCUGAGCAGCGGUGCCUCCUCGAUCAAAUCAGGCAAGAUCAACCCCAAAUCCGCCUCCAGCGUAUCGGUUGUCCAAACAGCUGCGAAUCCGGCUGGACCUACCGUUAGGAUAUCCUAUCUUACAGAACAAACAUCGCAUCAUCCACCUGUCAGCGCAUUCUAUGUGAGCUGCCCACAAAAAGGUUUACACGCAAGAGGCUAUGAUCAGAUCAGUGCCAAGUUUACAGGCACGGCUAUCAAAGUCUCACCGGGAGAGCACAAUCUCGGUAUCUUCAUUACCCUCGAGCGACGAGAUAACGAGACGUAUCAGCUUACCCACCCAGCCGCACAUCUUGGCGGUCUCCUGCGCGGUGCUCUCAGUGUCACGGUUGGCGAUGUUGCUUAUAUUACAUGUGCCAGGACGAAGCUCAAAGCCAUCCUGAACUACGUCGAAGAUGGAUGGCUUGGACGUGCACAGAACAAGGUUGAAGGCGUCAUAUUCAAGUAUGACCCAGACAACGACGAUAAAGUGCGUAUCAAGGACGUGCCUGAUGCGGAUGUCGUCGCUCGGUUAGGUGGUGGCUGGAAGGAUAAGAUCGUCUUUACUUUGGGACCAAAGCCUGUAGAAUCUCACCCCGCCGAUAGACAAAUCACCAUUAUUGAUCUCAACCCCUUGGCGGUUGCUCCCAAGACCCUGCCACCCAACGAGCAGCAGGCUGAAAACGAGUCGCUGAAGCUCUGGGAUGGGGUUACUCAGGCUAUCCUAUCCAAACAAUAUUCCAAGGCCACGAAUGUCAAAGUUGAAUUGGAGGAGCAACAGCGGGAAAAGGCGCGCGAGCGAGAACGAACCAACGAACCUUUUGUGCCAGUCUUCUUCACGCAAGCGACAGACAAAGGCGGCAAACCUGAUCUUACUGAGAAGGGUCGCGAGGUCCUCGUGAGGGCGCAGAAAGGCGAAUGGGAUCUGCAAGGAGUCAUAUAAUUCUCGCAACAUCACUUUUAAUUCGAUGCCCAUCUGCUUGGUGAACAAGUAUCCGUAUACAGUAUGGAUUUUGAUUGCGGCUUUGAUUUGAAAGCUUCUUACAACUGAAUUGGAUUGGAUUGCUAGUAGACUGGCAUACACCUACUCACUCUCAACUUUGCACAUACACGGAGAAAGAAGGGUCGGCUUUUAGCACAGCAUCAUUUUUUUGGCACCCCUCUUUGUAAUUACUUGGGGGGCCGGGCCAAUUUAGCAUUUCCAGUAUUGGAACAUUCUGGUCUUUUUCUCGGGCGUUUUUGUGGGCGGCAUUUAGAAAGACAGAGGUCAUCGGUUCAGGUUCAUCACUGAUUAAACAUAAGAACAGUGGGAUAACUCCGUAUGGUCUAUAUAUCAUAUCAAUCAGAGUACAUUGACUUGA